AUGUCGGGCCGCCUGGUUAUCGCCGCUGCUGAAAGUACCGCCACAGUUGUCGAGCCAGUGUUGUCAUUGUCGCUGCUGUUGGUCCUCUACUGCUUGGAAGCUGAGGCCGUAUCAGAAGUGGAGAUUCAGGCGGCGAUAGAAUCCCCGAAGAGAAAAAGUAAUUUGAUCAGAAUUGAAAAUGGCGAAUACGAUACGAAGGAAGCUGAGGCCGUAUCAGAAGUGGAGAUUCAGGCGGCGAUAGAAUCCCCGAAGAGAAAAAGUAAUUUGAUCAGAAUUGAAAAUGGCGAAUACGAUACGAAGGAAGCUGAGGCCGUAUCAGAAGUGGAGAUUCAGGCGGCGAUAGAAUCCCCGAAGAGAAAAAGUAAUUUGAUCAGAAUUGAAAAUGGCGAAUACGAUACGAAGGAAGCUGAGGCCGUAUCAGAAGUGGAGAUUCAGGCGGCGAUAGAAUCCCCGAAGAGAAAAAGUAAUUUGAUCAGAAUUGAAAAUGGCGAAUACGAUACGAAGGAAGCUGAGGCCGUAUCAGAAGUGGAGAUUCAGGCGGCGAUAGAAUCCCCGAAGAGAAAAAGUAAUUUGAUCAGAAUUGAAAAUGGCGAAUACGAUACGAAGGAAGCUGAGGCCGUAUCAGAAGUGGAGAUUCAGGCGGCGAUAGAAUCCCCGAAGAGAAAAAGUAAUUUGAUCAGAAUUGAAAAUGGCGAAUACGAUACGAAGGAAGCUGAGGCCGUAUCAGAAGUGGAGAUUCAGGCGGCGAUAGAAUCCCCGAAGAGAAAAAGUAAUUUGAUCAGAAUUGAAAAUGGCGAAUACGAUACGAAGGAAGCUGAGGCCGUAUCAGAAGUGGAGAUUCAGGCGGCGAUAGAAUCCCCGAAGAGAAAAAGUAAUUUGAUCAGAAUUGAAAAUGGCGAAUACGAUACGAAGGAAGCUGAGGCCGUAUCAGAAGUGGAGAUUCAGGCGGCGAUAGAAUCCCCGAAGAGAAAAAGUAAUUUGAUCAGAAUUGAAAAUGGCGAAUACGAUACGAAGGAAGCUGAGGCCGUAUCAGAAGUGGAGAUUCAGGCGGCGAUAGAAUCCCCGAAGAGAAAAAGUAAUUUGAUCAGAAUUGAAAAUGGCGAAUACGAUACGAAGGAAGCUGAGGCCGUAUCAGAAGUGGAGAUUCAGGCGGCGAUAGAAUCCCCGAAGAGAAAAAGUAAUUUGAUCAGAAUUGAAAAUGGCGAAUACGAAUCACAAUCACCAGAGUUGGAGGAGGAGAUCACAAAAGAUGAGGAAGUAGCAUCGAUGGUGGAAGUCAAGAGGGAAGGAGGAGGAGAAAUAAGGGAGAUGGUGGAGAGAAUGGUGGUGGAGAACGAGAGACUGAAGGAAAUGGUGGCUCAGCUUUGCGCAACGAGCUCCGAACAAUGCAGAUUAAUGAAGGGUCUGGUCGAUAGGGUUGAGCAACUGGAGCGCGUCGUCCAUCAUCGCAUGGAUCGACGGAAGAAGAGGAGGGGCGCUACUGCUUGCUCUGCGCUUUCAUCGUCCAAGUAGUAAUAAGUUAUUGUGUUUUUUGCUUUCUCAUCUGUAUUGCAAUGCUUCUACCGUUUUAUUAUAUAUGUAAUUGGGCCGAAGGAAUGGAGUUAUUUUUACUCAUGAUAAGCAAGUUAACGA